AUGGCAGAAGAUGAAACAAAAGCAUUGAAGGAGUUCACGGCUCCUACUGCACUCACAACAUCAUCUUGUAUUGUUGUAGCUCCUAUUCCUGCAGGAAUACGUUUUGAGAUUAGACCAGCAACAAUCCAGAGCUUGCCUAACUUUUAUGGGAAGACGAAUGAAGAUCCUUAUCUCCAUGUGGAGGAAUUCAAAGACAUAUGUGGAACUUUUCGGUAUGAGAUAUCAGAUGAGCAGAUCCGUUUAAGGCUUUUUCCUUUUUCAUUGAAAGACAAAGCAAGAAAGUGGCUAAGCUCUCUUCCCCCUGGUUCCAUCAAUACUUGGGAUGAUUUGGUUAAAAAGUUCUUGUUGAAAUUCUUCCCAGCUAAGAAAACCAAUGCUCUCCAAGCAGAAAUUUUUGGCUUCUCCCAACCUGAGGGAGAACCUUUUUAUGAGAGUUGGGAGCGUUAUAAGGAUUUGUUCUUGAAGUGUCCUCACCAUGGAUUUUCUAAACCCCAAAAGGCUCAAUUUUUCUACAGAGGUUUGAACUCCCAAAGUAGAAGUAUGGUGGAUGCUACAGUUGGUGGAAGCUUGAUGGGAAAGACGGCAGAAGAGGCAAUUCAAGCUUUUGAGACUAUAUGUGAAAAUUCACAGCAAUAUGAUCCUUAUACAUCAGUGCCCAAAAGAGGAGGACUAUAUGAGGUUAGUGCAAGUACUAAGUUGGAAGAGCAAGUUGCAGCCUUGGCAAGACAAAUGAAGAGCCUUACUCCUCUGUUAAAUAAGGCUGCAAGGGAGACAUGUGCUUUGUGUUCAAGUAUUGCACAUACCACCGAGGCGUGUUCUGAAAAUUUCUUCCAAGAUGAGCAAGUCAACAUGGUGAAUAAUUAUAGAAGGCCUGUGAAUGAUCCUUUUUCAAAUACUUAUAAUCCAGAUGCCAAGGAAUCCUCCCAUGCAAAAUUAUCAAGGGCCAAUUGA